GCCUACAUGGCGGCCAUGUUAGGGAGGUAUACGUGCCAAUAGACGGCAGUGCAUGGACACUGCCAUUAAGUCGCAACUUGCUCAUUUCUCGACCGAGUGUUAUUGUUUUUUUCUUUCAAUGCCUAAGCGUAUGUUAUCAAUACAAAACAUUUUUUGGGGGAAAAAAAGCACACCAUUUUUUUUUUGAAUUGUGUGAAUGGGGCUCCCAGUUCCUUUGUCGUAUAUGUACGACGUAUCACACAACCGCAUGCAGCACAGCGAACCAGCAUGCUUGGUCUUUUGCUUUUUCUUGCAGUCUACACACAUAGGAAAUACGCUGACGACUUUGACCUUCCUUGCGUAAGGUCGCCGUCGGCACGGAGUUUAAAAUGGGCGUGGCGUAACUAGACGCAGCAGUUGCUUGAAAACGGCGCACGUGCGGAGUCAACGUCUCGCAAUCACAGACAUGGCUGCCAUUGGUAUCUGCGGUGAGUGGAUGUUUCUGUCGUGUGGCACAAAGUUGAUAGCUGCUCACGUCAAGCAGGACAGAAAGCCAUUUGUAUUUGACUGUAGCACUGCUAAGAAAAAGGAAAAUGACCCAAAAGCUGACGACGACAAUAGUCUUGCAGGGGCAACUGGAAGUGACAUAAUACUUGCGUUCACUAUUUCACCAUCCGGAAAAGUGGCGGCACUCACCGAUGACUCCAAACGACUGGUUCUAUUCGAGCGUCAACAUUGUUGGCAGUGUGUCAGCACCAGGUGGUUGGCGAGGAGGGGCACGUCCUUGGCGUUUACCAGGGGGGAAGAUGAGGUUCUUGUGGCUGACAAAUCGGGUGAUGUGUACUCCUUCUCGGUGAUGCAACCGGAGAAGGAAGGCGAGCUUAAGAUGGGCCACCUUUCCAUGGUGCUCGCUCUCACGAUGUCACUUGAUGGGAAGUAUAUCAUCACUGCUGAUCGGGAUGAAAAAAUAAGAGUGAGUCACCUUUGUUCUCCGUACAACGUCCAGUCCUUCUGCCUAGGACACAAAGAGUUUGUCAGCUCGCUGUUGGUUCCUUCAGGCGAUCGGCACUGGUUGCUGUCAGGAUCGGGGGACGGCACGAUGAAGCUGUGGGAGUACAAAACCGGCCGGAGGCUCCAAAGCUACGACUUGAAAGACCUCGACGAGACGCACGUCUCUAAAUUGGAGAACGAGAGGGUAACCGUUUGCCACAUGACCGGCUCCCCCGAUGGACGUCACGUAGCCGUGCAGUGUGACGGAGUGUCGACGAUUCGCUUUUUCGCGCUGAAGCGAGAGAACGACGAACAAAAACUCGUGCCGCACAGCAGGCUUUCCCUGCCACGUUGUCCUCUCGACAUGACCUUUGACCCAGAAGGCCGGCUUUGGGUGCUGAUGGAUUCCGACGAGACGCUGCUUCGAAUCUACACGCUUGAACAAAGCACCUGGAAGUGUGAAACUGCGGGCCCUGAACUGAAAAGAGCGACUGCUGCCUUCGAGCCUCACUGGGAGACAAUGGACGUUGCCGCUAAGGCCAGCAGCCGCUUUGAACAUCUGCACAAGGCGACUUUCGAUAACGUGGCCGUGUACAUGGAAAAGAAGCAGCAACGACUGGAGGAGCAACAGCAGCAGCAGAAGAGGAGGAAAAUGGGACCGAAAGGCAAUGGCAAGAAGGCCAGAAAAGUGGUGUGAAAUGCCUGUCGUCAUCUCCACGAACUGAAUUUUGAAUUUAUUUUCCUGCUUCGGAUGACGCGUCAUGAUAAAUGUCAAUCACAUGGCAUCAUUUUAUGUUUUGCACAUUUCUUUGAUAUGCCUCCCACAUGUAUCCAGAUCUAUAAAAAAAAAAAAAAUAAACUUUGCAUUGAAAAGUGCAAAACUACAGCAGAAACGCA